AGCUCACGGCGCGCCGGGCGGAAGCAGCGGGGCGGGUGUUUCCGCGGCGGCGGCGAUGGCGGGGAAGGCGGCGGGCGAGCCCCUGGGGCGGACGGCGGAGGAGGCGGCCUGGGCGGACACGCUGCGCGGGGCCUGCGAGCCGGAGCACCACUGGCGGUACCGCCGGGAGUUCCUGCUGCGCAACGUCGGGGAGCUGCCGGCGGCGGGCAGCGCCCAGCUGCAGCGCCUGGUGUCCCUCUCCAUGGUGUGGGCCAACCACGUCUUCCUGGGAUGCCGGUACCCGCCGCAGGUCAUGGAGAGGGCGCUGGAAAUGGCCGAAGGCAUCCAAGUGACCGACGCGCCUGUCCGCACCACGAGAGACGAACUGGUUGCCAAGGUGAAGAAAAGAGGCAUAUCAAGUAGCAAUGAAGGGGUAGAGGAGCCCUGCAAGAGACAAGCUGUGGAGAAAAGCAGAGACUCUAAGGAUGUUGGAAAGGAUGUGAAAACAACCAAGGCAGAAGGAGUGAAGGAAACAGAGAGCACCUUGCCCAAAAAGCAGGAAAAAGGUACUAUCAAAGAUCCAGAAACUUCCCAGUCAACUUGCAGUUCAGAUCAAGAAAUGGUCACAGUUUCAGACAUGGAAACAGAAGGAAAACCUGCUAAUGCUGAAAGUACUGCUGAGCAAAAGCCACCUUCAUCUGAAAAAGAGCCAGGAAAGAAGCCUUGCUCAAGCCCACCUAAGGAAAGCAAGUGUGAAAAUGUGCCAUCACCUGAAAAGAAAACUACAGCAAGUGUAGCGCCACUGGCUGCCGAGAGCACCCCUCAGGCAGCAGCAGUGGAGGCGGCGCUGCCACCAGCUGCCAAGAGCACCCCACAGGCAGCAGCGGUGGCAGCAGCAGUGCCAUCAACCUCCAAGAGCACCCCACAGGCAGCAGCGGUGGCAGCAGCAGUGCCAGUGACCACCAAGAGCACCCCACAGGCAGCAGCAGUGCCACCAACCACCAAGAGCACCCCACAGGCAGCCGUGGCAGCACCAGCAGUGCCACCAGCCACCAAGAGCACCCCCCAAACAAGUGCUGCGUUGCUGUCUUCCAAAACCCAGGUGGGUGCCCCAGCAUCGGUGUCCAAGAACGGUGCUCAGGUGAGCAGCUCGCUGCUCCUGGCCCCCAAGAGCGGUGCUCAGGUGGGUGCCUCGCUGCUGCUGGCUUCCAAAGGCCCGGCUAAGGUGGGCUCCCCGCUGCUGGCCUCCAAGAGCAGCGCGGAGGUGGCCGCCUCGCUGCUGGCCGCUCGGAGCGGCGUGCAGCCGGGCUCCUCCCUGCUCGCUUCCAAGAGCAGCGCUCAGGUGGCGGCUUCGCUGCUGGCCGCUCGGAGCGGAGCUCAGCAGGGGCCCUCCCGGGGUGGAGCUCAGCCAGGUGGUUCCGUGCUGGCCUCCAAGAGUGGCUCGCAGGCAGCUGAAAGCCCUGCGAAGGCUUUGUGCAAACCGCUGACCAGCGAAGACGCAAAGGAAAGACAGCCUUUCUUCAACAGACUCUACAAAGCUGUAGCCUGGAAGCUGGUUGCUGUUGGAGGCUUCAGUCCUAAUGUAAAUCAUGCAGAACUUCUAAAUUCGUCUAUUCAGUCUGUAAAAGCUACGUUAGAUGUUGCUUUUGUUCCCCUGAAGGAACUUGCAGACUUGCCUCAAAAUAAAAGCUCUCUAGAAAAUAUCGUUUGUGAACUGAGGUGCAAGUCUGUCUACUUGGGUACUGGCUGUGGUAAAAGUAUGGAAAAUGCCAAAGCAGUGGCUUCAAGAGAAGCUCUGAAAUUAUUCCUCAAGAAGAAAGUUAUUGUGAAGAUAUGUAAAAGAAAAUACAAAGGUAGUGAAAUUGAAGAUUUGGUGCUUCUGGAUGAAGAGUCAAAACCUUCAAAUUUGCCUCCAGCUUUAAGAAAUCCUCGUGAGAUCUUGUAGGGGAGAAUCACUGUACUGUGUAUAGUAUUUCAACACAAGGACUGAAGGUUAAUUUUGUACUUUGAAAAUGUAGGCUUCCAGAUAUUUUGUAUUUCUUUCUCAGUUUUGCAAGACAAUGAUAGUUCUUUCACUUGGUAGCAAUUGUAUAAAACUUGUUAGAGAUGACAAGUGCGCAUUUAAAGGUAUUGCCUUAAUAUACAGCACACUAGUGUGCUGUUGUAUUUGCAAAAUAGUCUACCUAACUCUUCUAUUUUUAAUUAAAUAUUAAGGUACAAUUUGCUGUUUAAAACCUGACGUUUUUGUAAUUCUUACAGUUUGAUGGUAGUGUGCUCAAUUGUCUACCAUAUCUUUUCUAGGCUCGUAGAAGUGUGUACAUAGGGACCAUAAUACUUGAAUAAUUGAAAAUUGUUUAAAAAUUUCAAUCAAAUUUGAAAUAUAUGUUUCAGGCUUGUUGCUCAUAAUGUUCACUGUUGCUCAUACUAGGAGAGAAAGUAGUUGGUUGACUAUUUUCAUGGGAUGUUUUCAUAACACUUGCAAUAUAAGUGACGCCCUGAUCCCAUUUAACAUUAUGCUAUCAGGUUAGAGCCCUUUUAAUAUCACAUUGGCAAAUUAGCAAUUAGCAGUCAAACCUCUGCUAUUUCGGCCACCAAAACUGUAAGCAGAUUUAAUUUAUAUGGUGAAGUAUCAUUUACAGUUUUGUUUGGUACUUUUUUUUUCCAAAUGAACAUGGAUUUCUAUACUAAGUAUAUUUUGACUGCUACUAAAACAAUAAAACCUCUGUGAUAAG